UGAACAUGAAUUGAUCAUCAUAAAGGCCUGCCUUCUCAUCUCUAUCUUUGAUCUUCCCUCUUUCUUCUUAUCCUUUCAUUCUUCCAUGAAAUGAGCUCCACCUUAGGCUCCGAAACCGUCGAUGGAUUUGGAUACGGGAUCGGAGUUUCCGUCGGAAUCCUCUUGCUUAUAAUCACCAUAGUAUUGGCUUCUUACGUGUGCACCAAGGCACUUCAACAACAACAAGCCCCGCCUGCCGCAGACGUUGGUUCCGAGAGCUUCGUCGGCCUUGACGAGGAAACGAUAAAAAGCUACCCGGAGCUGAUGUACUCCGAGGCAAAGCUCUUGAAGAAAGGUUGUGCUGAUACGUGCUGCUCCGUAUGCUUGGCUGAUUACAAGGGUAACGAUAGCCUUAGGCUGCUGCCCGGUUGCGGACAUUUGUUCCAUCUAGAGUGUGUCGACCAAUGGUUGCGGUUGUACCCAACAUGUCCCGUUUGUCGGACAUCUCCGGUCCCGACGCGGCUUGCUGAUGUUCAGGUGGUUCCUUUACCGAGCAGGUCCGGUGGUUGAUUGAAGAAAAUAUUGUUAUUUGCACUUUCAUUUUGUCUUCUUAGUUCUCACACCAUUCAUUAACCCUAAAAUUGUUACAAGGGAAUGGCAAAAUUGAACAUUCUCUGUUUCAUA